AUGCCUCCAAACAAAAGAACCAAUGCCCUCCCACGAACUGGAGCAUCCUCCAAGGUGGGAAAGGGCCGUGACAAGGCCAAGGCCCACAUGCGUUCCGCCGAGACGAUCAAUCGUCUCAAACUCUACAACAGCAGAACUAUUCGCAACAAGAAAGGACGCAUUAUUGGUGGCAACUUCAUGAUGGGAGACCGUGCUGGAGAUAGAGAAAUCACAGGGGAGACUGGUCGAAUCGCACCCGAUCGUCGCUGGUUCGGUAAUACCCGUGUCGUCGAUCCGAAGCAGCUUGAUACCUUUCGACAAGAAAUGACAGAAAAGGUGGCCGACCCUUAUUCUGUCGUCUUGAAGCGAAAGAAGCUUCCCAUGGGUCUCUUGCGCGAGGCCGCGGAUCGGGAAGCUCCUCCGAGUCAAGCCUUCUUGCAGCAAGAGCCAUUUGAGCAUGCAUUUGGGUCCAAGAACCGGCGGAAGCGUGUCAAAUUGGACCAACUGAUGUUGGCCCGAAAAGAUGAGACUGGCGAAAAGGAAGAACGUGCCAAAGGAGGUAGAGCAGAGGUCGUGGAAAAUAUCGUGGAGGAAGAUGAAAUCAAUGCCUACGGCAAGCUUCUAUCAGUUGCCAAGACAAGUCAUGACACUUACGAAUCUCGAAACAAUCGUGAAGGUAUUGUUCCAUGGGGUCGAGAUGCCAACUUGGUCCGAACAUCUGGAGAAAACAUUGACUGGCGUCACGAAAAGAAGGACGAUUUGUUCCUCAAGGGUCAAUCCAAACGUAUUUGGGCAGAAUUCUUCAAGGUGGUAGACUGUUCUGAUGUUGUCCUUCACGUGAUCGAUGCUCGGAAUGUUCCAGGAACCAGAUGCACAAUGAUCGAGAAGCACAUUCGCGACAAUGCCUCGCACAAGCACUUGGUCUACAUCUUGAAUAAGGUUGAUUUGGUUCCAAACUGGGUGGCAAAGCGAUGGAUGGGAGAAUUGGCUAAAGAACGCCCAACCAUUGCCUUCCACGCUUCCAUGACUCAUGCUUUCGGAAAGGGAGCAUUGAUUAGUUUGCUGCGUCAAUUCGGCAAACUUCACAGCGACAAGAAACAAAUCAGUGUGGGUGUGAUUGGAUACCCAAAUGUCGGAAAGAGUAGUGUCAUUAAUACACUCAUCUCGAAGAAGUCUUGUAAUGUUGCGCCAGUACCUGGUGAAACCAAGAUUUGGCAAUACAUCACGUUGUUCAAGAGAAUCUCUCUGAUCGAUUGUCCAGGAGUUGUUGUCGAUACUGCUGGAGACAGCGAAACAGACUCUGUUCUGAAGGGAGUUGUCCGUGCAGAACGAUUAGAGAAUCCUGAGGAUUUCGUUAUCACGAUUUGCGAAAAGGUGAAGCGUGAGCAUAUCGCCGCCCAGUACAAGCUGGACAAAAAGGACCAGAAGUGGGAAACCCAUCUGGAGCUCAUGGAUGCCGUUGCAACUAGAACAGGUCGUCUAAGAAAGGGUGGAGAACCUGACAUAAGAAGUGCUGCAAUCAUGAUCAUCAACGACUUUCAACGCGGCCGACUUCCGCACUUUGUGGCACCACCCGAAUUGAAGGAAAAGGAAGAAGUGGCUGAUACUGCCAAGAUCGAGGGACUCGAUGAAGUGGGUCAAAAUCUCGAUAAGGUUGGCGAGGAAAACAUGAAGGACGAUUCCGAAACCGAUCCUGCCGAAGGGAAAUCAAAAGCAGCUAGCGACGAAGGUUCCGAUCAAUCAGACGACGAAGGGGACGAGCCUCAAGUAGGCGAGGGCGAGUGGGACGAUUAG